UUUCAAAAUCAUUAGGGUGGACACUGAACCUGAGAUGACAAUGAGUGUCUAAUCUCAGCUCUCAAACGAUUUAGAUCUCUACCUAGUUUCAUAGAGCCCCUGGCAUUGCUGGACAUGGAGACCUGGAGUCUAGACAGUUACACUUCUUAUAUCCUUCCUUUCCUCUCUCUCCUUCUGAUUGUGCUAUGGAUGGUAUAUAGAAAAGAGUCAAACACCUGGACUCUCCAGAAUUGCCCUGUAGAUUUAACUGGGAAGACUGCUGUGGUUACUGGAGCUAACUCAGGGAUAGGGAAGGCUGUGUGCUAUGAGCUUGCCCGACGUGGGGCUCAUGUGGUCCUUGGCUGCCGGAACCUGACUCAGGGGAGAAAGGCACUUGAGGACAUCCAGAAAGCCACUGGGAACAAGAAUCUGCUCCUUCGAGAGUUGGACCUCAGCUCUGUGGCCUCCAUCAGGAGAUUUUCUCAGAAACUUCUUGUAGAAGAACCCCACAUCCAUCUUCUGGUCAACAAUGCUGGAAUCUGUGGGCUACCCUACAAGACUAUUACCUCAGAUGGCCUGGAAUUGACUUUCAUGACCAACUACCUUGGACACUUUCUGCUCACAAACCUGUUACUGGAGGGCCUGCUCUCUGCAGACUCGGCCCGAGUGGUGAAUGUGACCUCUUUCCGACACAAGUAUGGGAUUGUGGAUGAACAACACCUAGUAGGAGCUGGAUCCCCCCUUCUUCCACAACAGUGUUAUGACUCUACUAAGCUGCUGUUGGUCCUUUUCACUAAAGAGCUUGCCCAGAGACUUCAAGGCACAGGUGUGACAGUGAAUUCAGUGGAACCAGGGAUUGUAAAAACGGGAAUUAUGAAGAAUUAUACUUGGCUGUAUCGCAGUAUCUUCUGCAUCUUGAGCGUCUUCUUAAAGGUAUCCCUGGAUCCCUUGAGCUGGUUAUUACUUUCACUUCUGACUCUUCUCCCUUUGCUGUCACCCAAGACCGCUGCACAGGGUGCCAUUCCAGUCUUGUACCUGAGCUUAGCAGAAGAACUACAUGGCAUUUCAGGAAAAUAUUUUAACUCCAAAUGUAACUUGAGCUUGCCUGUUGAGUCUGCCCGGGACCCUGGAGUAGCCCACAGCCUCUGGAACACUUCAGCCAGACUGAUCAACCUAGAGAAAAUGAUCAAGAAAAAAUGACUAGUCAAAACCCAGUGAUCCCUGCCUCGCAUUAUUCCACUACUUACUGUAAUGACCUGGAUUGACUUGGGGCUUACUACUGAACUAAUCAGAACACUUUCAAAGUUAUUUUUCUAUGUAAUGUGAUUGUUAUACACAUUGUUCUCCUGGUUCGUCUCACCUUACUCUGCAUCUAAAUAAAUAGAUAUUGUCUUUCCA